CUAAUCUCGACACAGCUUUAGCAGACCGAACUCGUCUUCUUUUAGUCGAAUCAGGUCUCCGUACCAAGACAUAACCACUUCUUAAACGAAAAGCCCACUACCUCGUUGCCGUCCGCCAGCAAUCGCCCAAAAGAUUGAAAUACCUCAGACUUGUUGUCCCACCAUGGAGGACGGACCCCUUCACGGCGCCUAUCCUUUGGAUGAUGCCAUGUUUAUACGAUUUCCUAGCCGACGCAGUGUAGUGCACGGCACUAAUGGAAUGGUCAGCACAAGCUCGCCCUUGGCAACUGAGGCCGGGCUCCAGGUCUUGAGGGAUGGUGGCAAUGCUGCCGAUGCAGCAAUUGCUGCAGCGGCUGUAUUGAACCUUGUUGACCCAUCCAUGACUGGCGUUGGGGGCGAUGCAUUUUGUCUUUUCUACCGUGCUGAGACGAGGAAAGUGCACGCCCUGAAUGGCUCAGGAAGGUCACCCGCGAACGCAAGUCUUGAUGAUAUCUGCGCAAAGCUUGGUAUAAUAGACCGAAAUUCUGGGUCUAUUCCGAGCACGUCAAUCCACUCUGUAACUGUACCAGGGGCGGCAGCCGCUUGGCUGGACAUCAUCGGCAAAUAUGGUUCUGGCCAAGUCACAGUGUCACAGGUCCUAGCACCUGCAAUCCGCAUGGCUAAGGAGGGAGCGCCUAUCAGUGAGAUCUCAAGCUACAAUUGGCACAAUUCUGAGAAGGACCUGCGACAAGCCGUUACCGAGGAAGGCCUGCUCAAAUGGGACCCAGAUUGCACUGGGAAGUAUCGAGCUCCUAGGGCUGGGGAGAUUAUCGCAAACAUUCCACUCGCGAGAACCUUCAAGCUCCUUGCUGAGCGCGGCAAGAGUGGCUUUUAUGAAGGUCCGGUGGCGGAGGCAAUCGUUGAAGCAAGUCAGAGACACGGUGGAUACUUAACACUUGAUGAUCUCAAAAACCACAAAAGCGAGGAGGUGAAUCCUAUCGCAAUUCAGCUCGACCUUCCAUCCGCCAAGACUCCCGUCAACCUGUGGGAGCACCCUCCCAACGGUCAGGGCAUCGUUGCUCAGAUGGCCCUUGGGAUCCUCGCUGAGCUAGAGAGAGAAGGGAAGAUACCACAAUUCACUCUUGAGGAUCACAACUCGUCCAAAUAUCUCCACGCCGUGAUCCAGGCACUGCGCAUUGCGUUCGCUGACGGGAGCUGGCACAUCACAGACCCUACCUGCGCUGUCGACCCAGAAGAUCUGAUUUCGCAGUCCUACCUAGCUCAACGUGCAAAGCUAUUUGAUCCGGUGAGGUCUACAGAUAUCGCAGAGCCGGGUGAUUUGGGCGGGUUGCACAAGACCAGCGACACUGUCUACCUCUGCGUUACAGACCCGGAAGGGAAUGCGUGUUCUCUCGUCAACAGCGUCUCGGACAGCUUUGGAAGCCGGAUCAUACCUUCCGGCACCGGAUUUGUGCUUCAAAACCGCGGCUCUGGCUUCCACCUCGGUCCCGAACACCAUCCAAACAUCUACGCUCCAGGAAAAAGGCCUUAUACUACGAUCAUCCCGGCCAUGGUGACAAAUGCGUCUGAUAGGACACUUCAUACUGCAUUUGGCGUCAUGGGCGGUGCGAUGCAGCCUCAAGGCCAUGUGCAGGUCCUCAUGAACAUGCUGCGAUUUGGCAUGGACCCACAGAUGGCACUCGAUGCACCCAGGAUUUGCAUCGGGGUAAGCCUACCGGGCAAAUCGACAGACCCAAGCAAGACCAUCGACAGGACAGUGUAUAUCGAGGAGGGCAUAGAUGCAACUGUGGUACGCGAGCUGGCAGAGAUGGGCCAUGAGGUCAAGAUUGUCACAGGGACGGGGCGGUCGCUGUUUGGCCGAGGGCAGAUAAUCCAUGUCCACCAGGAUCAAGCUUCCGGUCAGAGAAUCUACUCCGCGGGAAGUGACAUGAGAGGCGAUGGGAAUGCGGCGCCCUUGCUCUAG